CUUGUAGGGUAUAUAACUCCACUACCUGGCCUUCUGGGCCAGACCCUUGUGAGGCUUCACAAUGGGCAAGUUUAAGAAGAAGUCACAUGUGGGUACCACAAAGACAGACCCAUCGACUUCACAUACCAACCUAACUCUGAAGGGCAAGAUUUCACUAAAGCCUAGAACUCUGGUUUCUGGUGAGGUCUGCUGUGAAUCCACUUCCAGAGGUGAUGAAAAGAAUCUACAUGCCUUAAAAGGGGUAAAACUGAUCCUGAAAAGGGGCUCAAAGAUGAAGAUCUUGAAAAAAAAUACCACUCCUUCUGCUAAAACUAAGGAAGAUGAAAAAGCAAUACCAUGCCCUGAAGAAACUCAGCGGCAGAAAAAGAAGAAAAAACACCGACGUAAACGAGAGAAAAAGUUACAGGACAAGUUAAAGAUGCUGUGGGAUCAAUAUACACAGCUGCAGAAUGAGACAAAUGUACUUUGGAAUCAAUACUAUCAUAUGCACAGUAAGGUAAAGACACAAUUUGGCCAUGACAACCAGCUGCAAGAUGAGGGGAAUACACCAUGUAAUCAAGACAAACAACUACAGAAUCAGAUGAUCACACUCUCUGGUCAAAAGAAUCAGCUGAAAUCAGAGGUUAAUGCACAAUUCAAUCAAGAUAAACAUCUGAAAGAAGAGAUGAUCCCAUACUUCAAGCAACACAAACAUCUGAAAAAGGAGGUGAUUGCACACUGUGAUCAAGAUAUAUGCCUGAAAGAGGAGGUGAUCACACAAUUUGAUCGAGACAUGAAGCUGAAAAAGAAAGUGAUUACACCCUUCAAUCAAUACAUGCAACAGAAACAGGAGGUGAUCACACAAUUCCAUCCAGACAUGAAGCUGAAAGAGGAGGUGAUCACACCAUUCAAUCAAAUUAAAAGUGUGAAAGAAGAGGUGAUUACACAAGUUGAUCAGGACAAGCAACUACAGAACCAGAUGUUUACACUCUGUUAUCAAGACAAGCACAUAAAAGAAGAAAUGGUCACUCUCUGUUAUCAAGACAAGCAUCUGCAAGACCAGGUGUUUACACUCUGUUAUCAAGACAAACAAGUGAAAGAGGAGAUGAUUACCCUCUGCUAUCAAAACAAGCAGGAGCAGGACCAAAUGUUGACACUCUGCUAUCAAGACAAGCAAGUGAAACAGGAGAGGAUUGCCUUCUGUUACCAUGACAAGCAGGUGAAUCAGGGGAGCUUCACCCUCUGCAAUCAACAAAAGCAGCUGCAGGGCCAGAUGAACACACUCUGGGACUACAACAACCAGUGGCAGGAGGAGAUGAACACUGAGUCAGCCCAGGAACAACACGCCAUAGCUGGCUCACACAUCUCCACUACUGAUUUCAAUAGGCUGUAGUCUCAGAACACAACCAGAAACACCAGAUAU